ACUCCUCUGAAGUGGAUGAAAGUUAUUCACGACGUCACACCAGGAGUGCGCUCAUCGGCAACACUUGAGGAUUAUAAAGGUGCUUUAUAAAAAAAAAAAAGUAAGAUUUUUUUUCCUCUGGAAGUAACUUUCACGUUGCAUGAUGGACCCUGACAAGUCUGCGAGCGCCCCUCCAACGAACUGGACUGGUGAGAAGUCCUCCAUGGGUCAGGCUGCCCCUCCGCCAUACCAGGACAAUCCACACCCAUGGCACCCGCAGCAACCUGGCCAGGGAUACCCGCCCCAGCCUCAGGGUUAUGCAGCCCCGCCCCAGCAGUAUGGAGGCCCAGGAUAUGGACCACAGCCUUUCCCUGUGGGUCAGCCGUACCCAGGCCAGCCGGCCAGCAUCAUUGUCCAGCCCACGCAGUAUGUGACCCCGAUCCCGCUGCAGCACCCUGUCAAUGACUACCUGUGCUACUCCGUCUUCACUAUGAUCUGCUGCUGCCUGCCGCUGGGAGUUGCUGCUCUAAUCUAUUCUAUCUCGGCUCGUGAGGCCAACAUUGUUGGUGACCGGAUAACAGCCGAGCGGAGCAGCAGGACAUCCCGUACGCUUAACCACGUGGCCCUAGGAAUCGGGAUCGGGGUCUUCAUCCUCAGCAUUGUCUACUUAGUGGUGAUGACAUCAAUGCUUAACAAAUAAAUCUGUUGGAACAUCUUUUUUUUAUUUGUUUUUGUUGUCCCAUGCCCCUAUAUCAGUUAAUCAGACCACAUGAACAACAUCACCAACCAUCAGGUAGAAAUUUAACUUGAAAACAAUUGUAACCCUAAAGUCACCUGAAGAUCCUUAACGUUAGACAGGAAGUGUUUUUCGACACUGGAUAACCAUUCACUACAAAGAAUCUGAAGUUGCUCUUUAUAUGUAAUACGUGAUCCCAUCAGCGUACUUUGAGGUUGUGAGUUUCUCAGUAAUGACGAGUCAUUUUGAUUUGUAAAAUAAUUUCCAACUUUGUAGCUUUAAAACCUGAGUCUGGGUUCAACACACUCAACACCACCUGCAGGGAUCAAGUGUUAUCCAAAGAGUUUUAUGUUUUGGCAAGUAGCAAAUAAUACAAUCCAGUUUAAAAUUUUCAGGGAAGUUCAGUUAUUCAUUUCUGCAACUGAAAGAGAUUGUACAAUGGUAGACAUUUUCCUGCCCUUUAAAAUAAAUGUGUAAAUAUGCACUAACAUCCCUUUACACUCUAAAAGUAUAACAAGAAAAAUACAAAGUAUAAAAAGUAACAAAUAUACCCCCUAAGGGAGACUUAGCUGAGUUUAGUUGAAGAAGGAGAAAUAGUCAGAGUGAGCCUGUUUGUCGUCAAAGUGUAUCUUAAUGCGAGUUGCACGCUUCAGCAAUCCUCUUUUCACUGCAGCUGAAUAUAAUCUGUCACUUUCUUUAAAGCCGCAGUCUGUUAUCUAUCACUGUUCCAUGUAAGAUCUGUGUUGACCAUAUCUGAAAACAACACGUUUUACUGCAUAUCAAAUUUCUAUAUAAAUAAACUUUAUUAAGUGGUAAACAACA